GAGUUACUUAGCUGCAUGUGCAUUAUCAGUAGGGCCGGGGGGAGGCGCCUGAUUUUGAUUAAUUCACACAGGUGAUGAACUUCCUGGCCGCCAUAUAACAGCUGAGAUGAGGUGUUGGUUGAAGUCACAUCUUUGUCUUCGUCGUUGAGGUAUUCAAAUACAAAACUUGACAUGGGUUCCAAACUUGAGAGUGCAAUGGAAGGCCUCAUAACAGUGUUUCAUUCCUACUCUUCAAAAGAGGGGGACAAAUACAAGCUGAGCAAAGCAGAAUUGAAGAGUCUGUUGCAAGGAGAACUCGGUGACUUUCUGGCAGCCAGUAAGGACCCAUUGGUGGUGGAGAAGAUAAUGACAGACCUGGAUGAGAACCGUGAUGGUGAAGUUGACUUUCAAGAAUUUGUUCUCUUGGUUGCUGCUCUAACUGUGGCCUGUAAUGAAUUCUUUGUGGAGAGCAUGAAGAAAUGAGUGCUGAAAGCAGCUGUGAUGUGGCUUUUCUACCACUUAUUUCCCUUUUACUGAAUCAGAAUACCUGCUAAUCUCUAAUGAGUUAAGAUGUCACUUUCUCAGAUUGACGUUUUCAAAUAUGUAUGGGACAAAUUGAAAUUCACAAAUGUAAUACAGCACCAUUAAUACCACUUCUAUAUUUGCUGUCAUUUCAACAUGCCAUUACGCGUUCAGUUCUAGAUGACAUCCUGAUCAGAUCAAUAAAGGAAUGUAUCAUAGCUGUGUCUAAAUUUGAGCCAUAAUUCUACCUGGGUAUGCCAAUUGUUGGGUAUUUUAUCUGUUGGUGCUGUGACCUCUUAAAAUCUGCCCAGCCAGUCAAACUGCAAAUCUUGACCACAAUCCAACACAUGCACGUGCCUCCCAUACAAAGGAGUAAGUGCAUGUGUUAGAUCCUGUAUCUUCAUUAAUACAAGUGGGCCACGAUGCAUUCAGCAGGAACAAAAGCUUCUAAAGGCUUAACACAAGGUAGUCUCAAGCCACCUAAUACUACACAACACAUAAUGGCUGGAUGCUUCCUUAAUUAUGUAACAGUCACUUGUCUUGCAGUAAUUUGACUUGGCAAACCCCAACACAUGGAAACCCCAGUAAGGGUCUAUAAUAAUAUGGAUGUGGUAACAAGCAUUGGUUUAUUAAAAUAUGUACACUGUACAGAAAUGUCUAAAUAAAAGUCUUACAUCUUACAAAUCUUUACAGCCCCUGACUGAUGUGACAAAUAAAAAUGGGUGAAUUCCAAAGCAUUUAAUUUUA